AUGAGUGCGUUUAAAAAGCAGUACCGUCCCUCUGCUGCAGCCUUUAGAAGAUCGUUGUCGGAACAGGGGAGUGGAAGUACAAAAGUUGCAGCUAAUUUGAAGGACUAUCAAUGGUACUACCAAAUGAAGAGUAAGAGGACACAUGAACAAGCUAUUUCAGAUCUAGGGAAGUCACUUGGUGCAUACAGGUGGCAGACGCAUCCCAGGUUUCACUGGAAGGGGAGCAAGAGAGAGUUGUCUCACAGUCUUAAAUGGAAACAUAAUCAGCUAAGUCCUAUUGAAUGCCCUUUGAGGAUGGACAAUAGUGGUGUUGAUGCUCUUCAGGAAGACCCAGCAAGAAAGCUGAGCCAGGCAGAUAGUAUACCAUUUCGAGUUCCAUUCAGCAGGUCUAUGUCUGAGCCUGCACCACACUGGAGAAAUAGAAGUGUAAAGCCAUUUCUGCAACCAGUGCGCUCAGUAGAUUGUGAACAACAGGGAUAUUUUAUCCAUGGUAUCUUCUCUACACUUUCAAAUGGCUUUUCUAAGAUGUUGACCCGAAAAGGGGAGCCCAGCAGUGAGCCAGUGAAUGAAUGGGGGACGGACUGUAAUCAGAUUUAUUUGAAUACAGAUGUGAAAGGGCCACCUACCCACAGACUGUCCUGCGGCCAGUCUCCCUACACUGAAACUACAACAUGGGAGAGAAAAUAUUGCAUCCUGACGGACAGUCAGCUGGUGCUGCUCAACAGGGAGAAGGAGAUGCCUGUGGAGGGGGUACAGGAGCAGCAGGCAGAAUCUACCAAAGGGCGGUGCCUGCGACGUACAGUAAGCGUCCCAUCUGAGGGUCAGUUUCCUGAAUAUCCACCAGAGGGAGCCACUAAGCUUGAGGUCCCAGCAGAGAGGUCUCCUCGCAGAAGGAGCAUCUCAGGAACCAGCACAUCCGAGAAAACCAACUCUAUGGAUGCUUCAAACACCUCUCCUUUCAAAGUCCCAGGCUUCUUCAGCAAACGUCUGAAAGGCUCCAUCAAGAGGACAAAGAGCCAGUCAAAGCUGGACAGGAAUACAAGUUUCCGUCUUCCAUCUCUCCGCAACGCUGAUGACAGGUCUCGUGGACUGCCAAAGCUGAAAGAAUCUCGUUCACAUGAGUCUUUGCUUAGCCCGGGCAGCGCAGUGGAGGCAUUGGAUCUUGGGAUUGAAGAGAAAGUCUUUGUCAAACCACUUCACAGCAGUAUCCUUGGACAAGACUUCUGCUUUGAGGUAACCUACUCCAGCGGCAGUAAAUGUUUCAGUUGUUCCUCUGCAGCAGAGAGAGACAAGUGGAUGGAAAACCUACGCAGGACAGUGCAGCCUAACAAGGACAACUGCCGUCGAGCCGAGAAUGUGCUCCGUCUCUGGAUCAUUGAGGCCAAGGACUUGGCCCCCAAGAAGAAAUACUUCUGUGAGCUGUGCCUUGACGACACUCUGUUUGCCCGCACCACCAGCAAAACAAAAGCAGACAACAUCUUCUGGGGCGAACACUUUGAGUUCUAUGGCCUCCCGCCCCUCCAUAGCAUCACAGUUCACAUCUAUAAGGAUGUGGAGAAGAAGAAGAAAAAAGACAAGAAUAACUAUGUAGGACUGGUCAACAUCCCCAUGGCCAGCGUGACUGGCCGUCAGUUUGUGGAAAAGUGGUACCCAGUCAGCACACCUACGCCCAAUAAAGGGAAAUCAGGGGGGCCUUCCAUUCGGAUCAAGUCCCGAUACCAGACCAUCACCAUCCUCCCCAUGGAACAGUACAAAGAAUUUGCAGAGUUUGUUACUAACAACUACACCAUGCUGUGCUCAGUGCUGGAGCCUGUGAUCAGCGUGAGGAACAAGGAGGAGAUGGCCUGUGCUUUGGUGCACAUUCUUCAAAGCACUGGCAGAGCCAAGGACUUCUUGACCGAUCUGGUGAUGUCUGAGGUAGAUCGCUGUGGGGAGCAUGAUGUUUUGAUCUUCAGGGAGAAUACGCUUGCAACCAAAGCCAUUGAGGAGUACCUAAAGUUGGUAGGACAGAAGUAUCUUCAUGAUGCACUAGGGGAAUUCAUCAAGGCUUUAUAUGAGUCAGAUGAGAACUGUGAAGUCGAUCCCAGCAAAUGUUCAUCCAGUGAACUAACUGAUCAUCAGAGCAACUUGAAAAUGUGUUGUGAGCUGGCCUUUUGCAAGAUUAUCAACUCCUACUGUGUGUUUCCUCGUGAGCUGAAGGAGGUGUUUGCAUCCUGGAAGCAGAAGUGCCUCAGUCGGGGCAAGCAGGACAUCAGUGAACGCCUGAUCAGCGCCUCACUCUUCCUCCGUUUCCUGUGCCCGGCUAUCAUGUCCCCUAGUCUCUUCAGUCUCAUGCAGGAGUAUCCUGACGACCGGACAUCUCGCACUCUGACACUCAUUGCUAAAGUCAUUCAGAACCUCGCCAAUUUUGCUAAGUUUGGUAAUAAAGAGGAGUACAUGGCCUUCAUGAAUGAUUUCCUGGAACAUGAAUGGGGGGGAAUGAAGCGCUUUCUGCUGGAGAUCUCUAACCCAGACACCAUCUCAAACACCCCUGGGUUUGAAGGCUACAUUGAUCUGGGCAGGGAGCUCUCAGUUUUGCACUCCCUAUUAUGGGAGGUUGUGUCCCAACUUGAUAAGGGUGAAAAUUCCUUCCUACAGGCGACCGUGGCAAAACUUGGACCCCUCCCUCGCAUUCUUGCUGACAUCACCAAGUCAAUGACCAAUCCUACGCCAAUACAGCAGCAGCUGCGGCGUUUCACGGAGCACAGCUCUAGUCCAAAUGUCAGUGGCAGUCUUUCCUCAGGGCUUCAGAAGAUAUUCGAGGACCCCACUGACGGUGACUCACAUAAACUGAAAUCUCCAACCCAGGAAAAUAUAGAUGGGUAUUUUCGAGGGAAAACCUUACUGUUGGUUCAGCAGGCAUCCACCCAGAGCAUGACUUACUCAGACAAGGACGAGAGGGAGAGCAUACUGCCCAAUGGACGUAGCGUCUCCCUCAUGGACCUGCAGGACCCCCACGCAACUCACAGUGAUCACACAUCCAUCCUGCAUGAUGUGCCUUUGCGUCUGGCAGGCAGCCAGCUCUCUAUAACACAGGUGGCCAACAUCAAACAACUGCGGGAGACUCAGAGCACGCCGCAGAGCGCUCCCCAAGUAAGGAGACCGCUGCACCCAGCCUUGAAUCAGCAGGGCAGCCUCCAGCCCCUCUCCUUCCAGAAUCCGGUUUACCAGCUCAACAACCCUCCUCCACCAAUGCCAAAGGCCUCUGUGGACUCCAGCUUGGAGAACUUAAGCACUGCCAGUUCCCGGAGCCAAAGUAACAGUGAAGACUUCAAACUCAGUGGACCCAGCAACAGCAGCAUGGAGGACUUCACCAAACGCAGCACACAGAGUGAGGACUUUACCAGGCGGCACACUGUGCCAGACAAGCAUGUACCUAUGGCACUGCCCCGCCAGAACAGCACUGGGCAGGCACAGAUCCGUAAAAUGGACCAGGUUGGGUUGGGCGCCAGGGCCAAAGCACCACAGUCCUUGCCACAUAGCGCUUCCUUGCGGAGCACAGGGAGCCUGUCGGCAGCUUCAGGUGCAAUGGUGACAGAGCCAGUUCAGAAUGGGAGCCGGUCGCGGCAGCAGUCCUCGUCCUCCAGAGAAAGCCCUGUCCCCAAAGUGAGGGCAAUUCAGCGGCAGCAGACGCAGCAGGUUCAGUCACCUGUGGACUCAGCCACAAUGUCACCAGUGGAAAGGACAGCUGCAUGGGUUCUGAAUAACGGGCAGUAUGAAGAGGAAGAGGUUGAUACAGAGCAGCAUCAAGAUGAAGUCAAGCAUGCUGAGACGUACGAGCAAGAGAUAGCAAAGCUGAAGGACCGUCUGAAAGUGUCAAGCCGCCGAUUGGAGGAGUAUGAGCGGCGUCUUCUGGUGCAGGAGCAGCAAAUGCAGAAGCUGCUGAUGGAAUACAAGACGAGGCUGGAAGACAGUGAGGAACGACUACGCAGGCAGCAGGAGGAGAAGGACAGUCAGAUGAAAAGCAUCAUUAGCAGGCUAAUGGCGGUCGAAGAGGAGCUGAAGAAGGAUCAUGCUGAAAUGCAAGCAGUCAUUGAUGCAAAGCAGAAAAUUAUUGAUGCACAGGUCAUAAAUGGGGAUGAGAUAAUUCAAACAGGAGAAGCGGAUCGUGUCUCUGGACUCAGCCAACACUCGGCUGAUGAGUGCCCUGACACAGGUGAAGGAGCGCUACAGCAUGCAGGUCCGCAAUGGCAUCUCCCCCACCAACCCCACCAAGCUUUCCAUCACGGAGAAUGGUGA